AUGUAUGGCCAGCCGCCCAAAGGUCAGGAUGUUGACAGCCAUCCGUCGGACAAGCCCCAGGAGGCUGACGGGGACCCCAAGCCCAAGGUCAACAUUGGCACACCCUUCUACCCCAGACAGCCGCGGGCUGUGUCCUACGGAGGAGGUGGGGGGCUGCAGAACAGCCGGUGGGCUCCUCAGGGCCAAUACCGGAUGGACAAGGACAACCACUACCACCACAACCCUCACCACCACUACGGAGGCAACGGGUAUCGAGGAGGCGGUGGUGGAUACGGCGGUCGACGUCACUACCGGCCCAAGGCUUACGGGCCUACUCCGGUGCCCUACUACGUGGACUACCAGGACUGGUAUGCUCCCAAUGGCCCUCACAUGGCGGCGGGCGCAGGAUAUUACGUGGACCCGCCCAUGUCUCAGAAGCCCCAUGUCCGAGGGGACGGUGGACACCACAACUAG